CCCAGUAGCAAUAAGGUCUUUCGCGACCACUACUAGUAGUAUAAACUUUUCAUUGAAUGAAGUUCAGAGAGAGUUUCAAGAGCUCGCGCGUAAUUUCUCUCGCGAAGUGAUCGCUCCAAACGCUGCUCAUCAUGACAAAACCGGAGAGUAUCCUACAGAGAUUAUAAAAAAAGCUUGGGAACUUGGUUUAGUAAACACGCAUAUUCCUCAAGAAUAUGGUGGCCUUGGACUUGGUGUGCUUGAUUCUAGUCUAGUCACUGAGGAACUAGCGUGGGGUUGCACUGGCAUUCAAACUGCAAUGGAGGCAAAUGGACUUGCUGAAGCUCCAUUAAUCGUCGCGGGAAAUAAAGAACAAAAUAAAAAAUAUUUAGGUCGUAUGACCGAGGAGCCAUUAAUGGCCGCAUAUUGUGUUACUGAGCCUGGUGCUGGUUCUGAUGUUGCAGGACUUUCAACCAGGGCGGAAAAGAAAGGCGACAAAUGGGUCAUUAAUGGACAAAAAAUGUGGAUUACCAAUGGUGGAAAGGCCAAUUGGUAUUUCGUCUUGGCCCGUACCGAUCCGAAUGCUAAAUCCGGUUCUGCAUUUACCGGAUUUAUUGUAGACGCAGACACAUCAGGAAUUACUGUUGGUAGAAAAGAAAUUAAUAUGGGUCAACGCGCUAGUGAUACGCGAGGUAUCUCGUUUGAGAAUGUUGUUGUGCCGGAGGAAAAUGUACUCGGUGUAGUUGGUAAAGGUUUCAAAAUUGCGAUGUCGGCGUUCGAUAUUACUCGUCCAUUAAUUGCCGCCGCUGCCGUAGGAUUGGCGCGUCGUGCUCUGGAAGAAGCUACUAAAUAUUCUCUUGAAAGACGAACUAUGGGGAAGCCAAUUUUCGAACACCAAAGUAUAGCAUUUAUACUUGCUGAUAUGGCAAUAGGUAUCGAAUCGGCUCGAAACAUGGCGGGUUGGCUACUCGAUCAAGGCGAGAAAAACACAUUCUACGCCUCUAUCGCUAAAGCACUCGCGUCUGAUGUAGCUGUCAACUCGGCUAACAUGGCUGUACAAAUUUUUGGUGGUAAUGGCUUUAAUACAGAAUAUCCGGUUGAAAAAUUAUAUCGAGACUCUAAGAUAUUUCAGAUUUACGAGGGAACAUCACAAAUUCAAAGGCUUAUAAUUUCCAGGCAUUUGGCUGACAAUGUAGCUAAUAUGUAG